AUGUCCUUUUUCUUCAGCAUUGCGCAGAGUGUGGAAAUCCCCUGGGCAAUCAUUUUCACGAAGGUAUUGAAGCACUUCCAAAUGACCCCCCAAAGCAGCCGCGGCACAGGUAUCCUCAUGCCAGAAGCCACCAUUAUCAUGUACCCAUUUCAACACACGCAAGUGCCCUUGUCGUGCAGCAUCAACGGAGGUCAAGCUGCUCCAACUGCAGCCAUUCUCCCGAGCCCAUUUCAAGACUCUCAAAUGGCCACCUCCUGCAGCCCGGGAACAAACAGUGCCUCUCCAGGGGCAGCCGUUUUCUCUUGCCCACAUAGCACUGCAAGAUGUCCACCCUUCGCAGCCAUGUCACAAGUUGAUUCUUCCCGGGAGCAAACCAUGAUAUGUGGUCUGGCGCUCUGGCCCACUGGAGGAUCGUCAGGUGCCUUCCCAAGGUUCCCGCUUCCCUCCGUUUUGACGUCGAGUCAUGCUUCGAAUCGGAAAGACGAAAUCGAAAAAUGA